UCGAUCGAUCGGCCGGUUGUUGUCGGGGCCGUGCACAUAGAGACACGCGCCAGCUGACCGAUCAAUCUCUGACCAGUGAAGACCGUAUCCAUGCUGGUUGGUCCCGGGCCAAACAUCCAUGCCAUGGUACCAUCGAUCGGCUUUCUGUGAUCCUAUCUAUAUCUAUAUAUAAUAACCAGCAAGCGGAAACGAUUUCUUCAGGUACUUCUUGUUACUUGCUAUAUAUAUUUCAGCUAAGCCUGAAGCUUCGAUUUUAAGGAGAGAGAGAGAGAGAGAGAGAACGGCUUUGCAGGAGGAGAAGACGGCAACGGCGCAAGGCAUAGCUGGAGUCGCUUCUUCUAUGCUUUCGCUCCACAUGGCGUUGCUCCUCGGAGUCAUCUUCGCCUCCAUCCUUACAAGUACUGGAAGAGUAAUUCUCUGGGCCUUUGCAUCUCUUGAUUCAUGCAUGCAAGCAAAUUUCACAGGAGAAAGCAGGAAAAAUUCAACAGAAGCCAAACAAAGUUUGAAAGACAUAAGAUUUCAAAGAGCACACGCCUCCACCCAUGCAUGCAAAGCCAUGGCGAAGAGAGCUCGUCGACAUCCACUUGAUAUCCACUCACCCUAAAGCUGCGAGAACGGCCCCCCACCACCCGUGCUUUCUCUCUUUGUCCCGUGGACCAACACUGGAUUAAGAUAUUUUUCAUAUUUUUUAUGGGAUAUUUUUCGUACCGAAUAUGACGUUGUUUCAGUCAACGGCCUCAUCUACAAUAUAGCUUUUGUAAUGCAAGAAUAUUCUGAUUUUAAACAGCAUUUCAUGUUUUCACAAUUUACUUAUAACAAACCAACUGUGAUUAGUCAACACACUAUGCACCGAGAGAACUGUGGGAAAUUGUUCAUUUUAUUUGCGGCAGGAACUUCACAACAAUGAUAAUGCGAACAUGCUCCACCACACGUCCACACAUGCCACACCUACACGAGCAGGGCUCCCAACCACCCGCUAGAGCUGACGGACCGGACCAUGGACAAAUAACCUGAAUGUCGGUUAAUUCACAACGAACACAAUCUGCACGCACAAAUUUGAGCAUCGAACACAAUACUGUGAGGGAGUCGCUAGAAGACAGCCGCCUCGAAAUUCAAAGGGGCAAGUCGAUUUCUAACUUUCUAUUUCAACCGUUGGAUUAAGAUCCAACUUCCAGGGCUUCAUCUUCAACCUCGAAACGGAGCGGCCUCGGUGGGCGUGUGCUACGGCAUGAGCGCCAACAACCUGCCGCCCCCGAGCACCGUCGUCGGCAUGCUCCGGGACAACGGCUUCAACUCUGUGCGCCUCUACGCGCCGGACAGUGACGCGCUGGCGGCACUCGCCGGCACCGGCAUCGGCGUCAUCGUCGGUGCUCCCAACUACGUGCUCCCCGAGAUGGCCUCCAGCGCGUCCGCGGCUUCUGCGUGGGUCCGCGCCAAUAUCGCGGCACACCCAGAUGUGUCCUUCCGGUACAUCACCGUGGGCAACGAGGUGGCCGGCAGCGACACGCAGUACCUGGUCCCAGCGAUGGAGAACAUGCACGGCGCGCUGGCCGCGGCCGGGCUGGGAGACGCCGUCAAGGUCACGACGGCGAUAUCGCAGGCCACCAUCGCCGUGCACGUGCCGCCGUCGGCCGGCGAGUUCGCUGACGAGUCCAAGCCGUUCCUGCUCCCCGUGCUGCAGUUCCUGGAGCGCACCGGCGCGCCGCUCCUCGCCAACCUGUACCCGUACUUCGUCUACACGUACAAGGCCGCCGGCGACAUGGACGUGAGCUUCAUGCUGUUCACGGCGGCGGGGACGGUGGUGCAGGACGGCGAGUACGGGUACCAGAACAUGUUCGACGCGAGCGUGGACGCGGUGCACGCGGCGGUGGAGCGGCUCGGGGUGAGCGGCGUGGACGUGGUGGUGUCGGAGACCGGGUGGCCGUCGGCGGGCGGCGAGGAGGCGUCGGUGGAGAACGCGAGGACGUACAACCAGAACCUGGUGAGCCACGUGGGGAAGGGCACGCCGCGGCGGCCGUGGAAGGUGGAGACGUACGUGUUCUCCAUGUUCAACGAGAACCUCAAAGAGGCCGGCGUGGAGCAGAACUGGGGGCUGUUCUACCCCAGCACCGAUAGGGUCUACCCCAUCACCUUCGGCAAGUGAACUUGAUUCAGUUCAUGCGUCGUCCAUCCAUGUACGCGGCUAUGGUCAUAGACCGAUAGACGUGUAUAUACAGUAUAUAUAUUUAUUGAGUGUGUAUUUGUGUGGCUGAUUUUUUAACAUUUGAUUUAAUUUAAA